AAUGCAGGGGUGAGAUCGGCAAGAUGUCGCAACAUAAUUUUUCUCGUUUGUUUUAAUAGAAAAUGAAGAGCAUUUCAUGUAUCUACCAGUGAAAACCAAAAGAAGAAUAUUCUGCAAUGGCAGCUAAGGAAAUGUUAAUACUUUUCGUUUAUGAUCUUGAACACUGUCGAACAGAACAUGAUGAUCCACUGCUUGCAAUCAAAUAUUUUCAUCCUAGUUGGGUCAGUGAUAUGCAAAAGUUGGCACUUUGUGGACAACUGAUGGGUUUGCGUAACUUUUGCGAACAGAAUUUUGGUGACACUUCAAUAAUCAGUUUGCAAAAUGGAAAAUUUAAAAUUGAAAGAUUCGGAAGAUUUAUUUUGGCCAUUGGUACUGAUAGAAAUAUUCAGGAAUCAUUGCUGAAAUAUAGAGCAGAUCUCAUGGUUAAUAUCCUUCGUUUAUACCAUCAGGAUAUUGAAACGAUUUUCAGUCAGUUUGAUGGCGCAAAAAAGUUUUCUGACAAACUUUAUCACAUCUUCGAAACAUAUUUACCGAUACUUCAAUAUAAUGGAAACAUCCUCCAAAACGUAUAUAAAAUUUUUCUACCAAAAAGUGCAAGCAAUUUGUAUUUGGAUGCAAUUCAGAUUUUGGAACAUAUUGCAAGUCGAAAUGGGAUUCUUGGUGGGAUGAUUUUGUACAACAAUAAAGUUCUUGCUUCACAACUCUCAACAACACUCACAAAAACCCUCACAGCAACUGAUCCAGUUAGGAUUAAAACCACUGCUGAAGUUGAGAAAAAUGUUGAUUUUCACAUUCCAAUGGGUUCACAAAUCGUGAAAGUUUAUAUUAAUUUAAAUGACUACAAUAAACUUCAAAAACAAAUAAAGAAAGUUGACGACGCGAAAUCAUUAGAUAUGCAGAAUUCUCUACCUCUACCGUUUAAUAUAAAGAAGAAAUCAAAAGAAAAUUUAAAACGGGAUAAAUCAUUAAUAUUCGCUAACAUUCCUGAAGAAGAACCUUUAGUUGACAAUCGCUCACCAGAGAAAACAAGAAACUUUAAUCGACCUAACCAUCUUCCAUUAAAAUUCAAGGCUGUUCAACCGAAAGAACUACCAGAAUCAGGAAUAGCAUCAAUUAUUUCAUUUGACGAGAGUGACUCUUUUGCAGAUUUUAUUGGGCGAACUUCAGUUUGUGCGACACCAAUGACGGAGAAUAAAAUUUUAACUGGACCGAUGCCAACAAUUUUUGCGAGUGCUCAAGCAACGGAAAUAGAAAUAGUUGAACCAGCUUCAGUCAACUUUGUUCAAAGAAAGAAAGAGAAAGAAAUUGCACAGAUUUUUAUCAACUACACAAGCAAUCCUUUUAAAGAUGUCCAAUGGAAAAAAUCAUAUAAUGAUUUGAAUCAAAUCACCGAUCUUGAUGAGAGUUUUUCAUCAGAAAAAGUAUACAACACGAUUGCAGAUCCAGUUUUUCCGAUUUUUACUUCGAAAAAGUUGCCACUUUCUAAGUCACUAUUUGAUUGUUAUCAACAGCUUUAUAUCACCGAUGAAAAUUUCUUCGAACCACCAAAAGUUAAGAAUAAAACUAAAAUGAAACCUGAACCAAAGAUACCUGAAAUGGAUCCAAUGAUUGUCAAAGAUUCUCCCGUGGACAAGAAGAACAGUCCGAAUAAAGUUCUAAGAAAUCAAAAGAAAAAAAUGAUGCGACUACCGAUCAAAUCUUUUACUUUAGAAACGGACUCCGGAAAGCCUUCAACAUCAUCAACAUCCGUGACAUCUAACAAAAAUACAUCAAUCUUCGACUCACCAUCAACAAAAGCAAAAAAAUAUAUGGGAAGUUUACAAUUGACACCGCUUAUGUCAAAAUUAACUUUACUCGCAAUGAGUGAAAAUAACGAAAACUUCUCAAGUGCUUUUGGAAACAGAAACAACUUCGAUUUGCCGACACCAAACAUUUGUGAAACGCCAAUUGACAAUAAUACUCGAACAUUGUAUAAUCGAUUGACGAAAGUUGAUGAAGAGAAGCAUGAAGUGAAAGACAAAAAUGUUGAAACGGAAAUGGAAUUGACUGUAAUGAAACGCGUUGAUUUGUUCGUUUGUGGACAACAAAACAUGACCUUGAUGGUGAUCGCUGAAGAGGAUAAAAUAUCAACAGAUCAUCGGAUUGUGCAAUCGAUGUUUGAAAUUUGCGUCAAUCGAUUGGGGCGUUUGGAACAGAAGUUGAAUGAAAUCAUCAAUGUUACAGUUGAUCUCAAAACGAGCGAUUAUUCCUUUAUUAAUCUCGAUAAGCAAUGGGAUAUACUGAAACGCGGUGGUGCAUGGCAACAGAAUGACUUACACACUUUACUUCUCAUGCAUGAAAGCUUUGAAGAUAAAAACAUUUCUGAUAUCAUCAUUCGAACAAAUGAUGCCAUUCUUUAUGGACAUAAUAAAUCAGGAGAAUCAGAAAUUUACUAUCAACAUGCAUCACAGAAACAAUCGAGCGGUGGCAUACCAGCGCCAUCAGAUUUUACUGUCAUAUCACAAGCCAAAAGACGACUUGAACGUGACCAUUCCUUAGUUCUAUUUUAAACAAAGCUUUUUAAUUAUUUAGAUUAUCAAUCAAUCUACUGUAAUCAAGUAAAACAAAUCUGCUUCUUAAACUGUAAUGUCUAAAUAACUUUUCGUCUAUUAAAACAAUUCGCAACUUUUAUCAAAAUUGCAAAUUGUAAUUAAAAUUUCAGAUGGUUAUUAAUAAUAAAUUCUUGCAUUGUAAUAAUCUAUUUAGACUAUUAGCAGCAAAACAUUUAUAUCUGUCUCCGGCUUUAUGAUUUCGAUCUCCAAUUACUAGACUUUUCAUUUCAAUUAUCUGUCUACUAAUUAAUUAGAAGCAAAAAUUAGAGUUUCAGAAAUAUUUGCAGUUUAAAUUGUUCCCUUGGAAUGAAAAGCUUUAGCAAAAAAUUAAAAAACCAACACACAAGCGUAAAAUGUAAGACACAAGGACAUCAAUGAUAUUAAUUAAAACUUAAAUUUCUU